UUACGGUUGCUCGGUAGCCCUGAAAGGUUUCACGCUGGAACAGCGCUGUCAAUUAUAUUUGACGCCGUGCGAUGUCAUAGACGGCAAGUCAACUUUCAGCCUGAUGGAGUUUAGUGUUAACUUUAGUUUUCCCAAUCUACGUGUAACAGCCUUCAAGAAGAUGGUGGGACAUCUCGAGAUCAAGACGAAACACAUUCCUACUGCUGAGAAGGCGUUGUUCAAACUUCUUGUCAAAGACAUCAUCGGUGACGUUACUGGUAAACGAAUUGAGGAGCUUUGGGCCUUGAGGGGUAAGGCGACCAGGGAGGAGAAGGAGAACAAGGACAAGGCUAUUUUGUCCGAGAACUUCUCCCACUGCGAGGGCGUGCUUGACGACAACGACGUCAAGCAGGUGAACGACAUCGUCAAGGAAGCGAAGGAGCAGCUGCGCAAGAAGCUCGCCCACUACGCGGAGAGACCCAGCAUGGCGGGGGUCGAGACUGACGAUCGCGGUUCGGUGAUCAAGCUCGGGUGGGCCCAGGCGCUCCUGCCCCCAGAUUGCAGGCUCGACAAAGACGACAAGCUGUUCUGGCGCUGGGCAGGCUCUAUGCCCAACAGGGUGAAGAAGCCUAAGGCCUUUACACGGGUCUGGGGUGGAGACACUGGCAGGACGGAGGGGAAGGCACUUCGGCUAGUGCUGGAGACGCUAUGGGAGUGGCACUCGGACGGCACCGAGGCGACUAAGUGCCCCCACGACUGGGAUAAGCUCCUCCCAGUUGUUGCAUGA